CUAAGAUGCUUUCCACAUGAAUUCAUGACUAUCGAUAACGACCCUUGCUCGUCGCUGAGGAAUUGAGACGCGCAAAAAGUCGUAGCUUCAGGUCCACGUCCAAAGACAUCCCCGUUGAAUCUCGAGCUGUGCAUAUCGCGACGCCGGCAAUGCAGAGAUGAAAGGCUCAAAGUUAAUAAGACCGGCACAGCAACUGCUGCAAAGCAGGCUGCAGCAGCAACUCCCUACUACCAAAACCCCCUCGAUCUCAACACAAUUAUGGCAGAUCAGGUUGAACAGCUCAGACACAUCGUCGACUUCCACGACAGCCCCCGAGGCAGCCAAAAUAGCCGAUGUGCUGACUGAGGAUCUGGACCUUAAAACGCAUCCCAAGCCCACGCCCCAGCCACAGGACUCGCCCGUCGAAGAGAUCCAGGAGCAGCUUUCACGAUUCCCACGAAGCUUGCAGACCCUACACCUACAGCCCCUCCGACGGGAGACCCAGUACGGCAUCCCUUCCUGCGACCUCCAGCUUCGGGCGUACAGCGCCCGGCCGAUCGAGUUCUUUAGCGACUUUGCCCUACGUGCGGCCUACUACCUGGGUCUUCCGGCCUUUGGACCAACGCCUCUGCCUCGCAUAAUUCAGCGCUGGACAGUCCCGCGGUCGCACUUCAUCUUUAAGAAAUCCCAGGAGAAUUACGAGCGCAUCACGCUGCGCAGGCUGAUCCAGAUCCGUGACGGACACCCCGAGACUGUGCAGAUCUGGCUGGCCUUUUUGCAGAAGCAUGCUUAUCCUGGUGUGGGUAUGAAGGCCAACAUGUGGGAGUUUGGAGCACUUGACGCGGCCAAGGAGAUGGAUGAGGCUGCCAAGAAGGCUGCUGAGGACAUUGAAUCGAGCUGGGUACACUUUGGCCAGAAGAAGCCGCUGGGUAGCGUCAAGGAUGUCAAGGAGAUGCUGCAGAAGGAGAGAGUCACUUUGGCGGGUGGAAGCAUAAGCCUGUCCAGCAUCAAGAAAAAAAUGUCGAUCAGGCCAAAUCCCAGGCUAUUGAGGCCCGUUCUUCACCGGCUGCGGCCUCAGCAGCGAUUAUUCACAACAUCGUCCUCGUAUUAUUCAACUUCUUCACCAUCACCAAGCACACCAUCACAAGGGGCAAAGCUUGAGAUCCCCAAGGACUCAAUCGUCUUCUCCGGAAUUCAGCCGAGUGGCAUCCCGCACCUUGGCAACUACCUCGGAGCUCUACGGCAAUGGCGACGCCUGCAGGACUCGGCUGCGGCCGAGACCAGCUUGUAUUUUUCCGUCGUGGACCUGCACGCCAUCACCAUGCCGCAGAAGUCUGAACAGUUGAGGCAGUGGAGGAGGGAGGCUUUGGCUGCAUUGUUGGCCAUUGGGUUGGACCCGAAGAGGUCUGUAAUUUUUUACCAGUCUUCCGUCCCAGCACAUUCAGAGCUCAUGUGGCUUCUGAGUUGCAAUGCCUCGACAGGUUAUCUCUCACGUAUGACGCAGUGGAAGAGCAAGUUGAAUCUAGGUGAUGAAGAUGGGCUUACCCUGGACAACAGGAAGGUCAAAUCGAGGCUUAAGCUAGGCCUUUUCUCAUACCCAGUCCUCCAGGCUGCCGAUGUUCUCGUCCACAGAGCCACCCACGUUCCCGUUGGAGAGGACCAGGCCCAGCAUCUAGAAUUCGCCCGAGAAUGCGCAACAAACUUCAAUGCCGUAUACGGCAAACACCUUGUAGCUCCUGAAACAAUAACAUCACCAACAAGCAAGGUCAUGUCCCUCCGUGAACCAACCCAAAAGAUGUCCAAGUCCCACCCGGAUCCCCGGUCCCGCAUCAUCUUGACCGACAGCGCAGACGAGAUCCGCGCGCGCAUCAAGACGGCCGUGACCGACAGUCUCUACAACGUCGACUACGACCCGGUGGGCCGCCCCGCCGUCGCCAACCUGUUUGAGCUGCUCAGCACGUUUGGCAAGACCGGCAUGGAUGCGGCCCAGCUCGGCGGCAAGGGCGGGCCAUUCUAUGGCGCCCCCAUCCAGGAGCUCAAGCAGGCCGUGGCCGACGCGGUCAUCGAGGGCCUCGCGGGCAUCCGGGAACGAUAUCUUGAGAUCCUGGCCAAGGACGACGGCAAGUAUCUGGACAAGGUCGCACUCGAAGGUGCCGUCAAGGCACGUGCAAAUGCCGAAAAGACUAUGGAGGUUGUGCGCGCUGCCAUUGGGCUGGCGUGAUGACAGUAAACUGCGAUUUGCUGCCAGGUUACUUCGAGGUGUUCAUGACCACCUGUGUGUUACCACACCAGCCCACACAUGUAAUUUGUUAUAUGUAAUAUUUCAUUGGCGGCAUAUAAGAUAAGUUGUGUAUAGAAUAGACUAUGUGUAGAUUUGAC